AUGGAGCAAAUCGUGGAACCUCGAAAGAGUAAACCUCUCAAAAAUCAUGCCAAGCGCAAAAAAGAAAUGCCUACAAUCGCCAUUACCGACCUUGACCCGAUUGAAAUUCCGCAUCACUUUAACCUCGCUCACUGUCCGCCCACCGAGUUCGAACUUUCUCCCAGAAAGACGGAAAAGGUCUCGCUUUCUUCUCAUCUAAACUCUAUCCUCGCAGACUAUGACAUGGCAACCGGAGGCUCACCUAAAAGUGAGGCGCUCAUAAGAUCUCGCAUUAAUGUGAUUAUCUUGACAACUCUGGCCAAGAUGAAGCGCGAGUUUGUUGCAAAACUCUCUACCUCCGUUGCCUCGUCUACUGUCUCCUCCACGAUAAAGUCUAUUCACCUGCAAUUCGAACGCAAGAUAAAAUUCGAUUGGAAAAGCGAUAAUCGACUGGUGAAACUUUCCGGCAUCAUUGACUACUCACUUUCGUAUGACAUACCUAAUGAAUAUGCAACCAAUAUGGCUAUACUUGAAGUCGAAAGACCGCAUUUGCUUAAAAGCGCGAUGAUCCACGAAACAAGAAAGCAGUCCAAGACUAGAGACAAGUCCGUGUACGGAAUCGCGACGGACAGUUAUGAGUGGGUGUUUAUCCGGAUUCGUCCAAAUGGGGAGUGGGUUGAAAAGUCUUACAACUGGGCGCACAGUGCCCAAGAUAUUGUCUCGAUGCUGGUGAAAAAUUUCGCCCGUGCAGCGGGAUUCAACCCCCAGACCAGCUACAAAAGGGAGUACCCAACUUCGUCGUAG